UAAGCACCUGUGCUCAGAAGCUGUGCAAUGAGUCAAAGAUGGUCUCCCAGUUGGUUACAUUUACCUGAUAAUCUGUCAUUUCAUUUUCUUAUUCGUGUACUUCUCUUCGUACCCGCAAGAGGCUUAGGUUGCCGCUGGAAGAGCCAGUCUCGACAUUUCCAUAGUUCCUAUUCGGAACACAAGCAGACGUUGAACGAGGGAGAGAUUUAAAAGGCCGCAUGGCUGAGUCGAACCACCUGCGAUGACCGUGGCCGACCCUGAGAGCGGCGUGCCGGUUGUUUCGUGAGCCGGGACGUAAACGAACUGAAUUGUAAUUCUUGCUGCGGGAUGCGUUAAGAGAGGAGGACCCUUGCUCACUAGGCAUGGAGGGCAGCUUGUCCGCGUCCAGCAUGCAGGAACCCGCCUUCUCAUCCCCGGAGAAGCAGCAAAGCUCAGCGAGUGGUAAUGGAGGUCUCGAUUCAGAAGAAGGUUCGAGCCUGGAGGAAAUCGGCUUUAACUGGGGGGAGUACCUGGAGGAAACAGGCGCCAGCGCAGCCCCUCACACGUCCUUCAAGCAUGUUGAAAUCAGUCUUCAGAGCAACUUCCAGCCGGGGAUGAAGUUGGAGGUGGCCAACAAGAACAACCCUGACACGUACUGGGUGGCCACGGUCAUCACCACGUGUGGGCAGCUGCUGCUCCUGCGUUACUGCGGGUACGGCGAGGACCGCCGGGCCGACUUCUGGUGUGACGUGGUGAUCGCGGAUCUGCACCCCGUGGGCUGGUGCACACAGAACAACAAGGCCUUGAUGCCCCCGGACGCAAUCAAAGAGAAGUACACAGACUGGACGGAAUUCCUCAUUCGUGACUUGACUGGUUCCCGGACGGCGCCGGCCAACCUCCUGGAAGGUCCUCUGCGAGGGAAAGGCCCUAUAGACCUCAUUACAGUUGAUUCCUUAAUAGAACUUCAGGAUUCUCAGAGCCCUUUUCAGUACUGGAUAGUUAGUGUGAUUGAAAAUGUUGGAGGAAGAUUACGCCUUCGCUAUGUGGGAUUGGAGGACACUGAAUCCUAUGACCAGUGGUUGUUUUACUUGGAUUACAGACUUCGACCAGUUGGUUGGUGUCAAGAGAAUAAAUACAGAAUGGACCCACCUUCAGAAAUCUAUCCUUUGAAGAUGGCAUCUGAGUGGAAAUGUGCUCUGGAAAAAUCUCUCGCUGAUGCCGCCCAGUUUCCUCUUCCGAUGGAAGUAUUUAAGGAUCAUGCUGAUCUGCGAAGCCAUUUCUUCACAGUCGGGAUGAAGCUGGAAACACUGAAUCUGAACGAGCCCUUUCAUAUCUGUCCUGCAUCAGUGACCAAGGUUUUUAACAAUCAUUUUUUUCAAGUGACUAUUGACGACCUAAGGGCAGAACCUAGUAAUCUCUCGAUGCUGUGCCAUGCGGAUUCUUUGGGGAUUUUACCAGUACAAUGGUGCCUUAAAAAUGGAGUCAAUCUCACGCCUCCCAAAGGUUACUCCGGCCAGGACUUCGACUGGGCUGAUUAUCACAAGCAGCACGGGACAGAAGAAGCCCCUCCCUUCUGCUUCAGAAAUACCACAUUUAGUCGGGGGUUCACGAAGAACAUGAAGCUCGAAGCCGUCAACCCCAGGAACCCAGGAGAGCUCUGCGUGGCCUCUGUUGUCAGCGUGAAGGGGAGGCUGAUGUGGCUUCACCUGGAAGGUCUGCAGACUCCUUCCCCUGAGUUCAUUGUUGAUGUGGAGUCCAUGGACAUCUUCCCUGUGGGCUGGUGCGAAGCGAACUCGUACCCUCUGACCACACCACACAAAACCGUCUCACAAAAGAAGAGAAAGAUUGCAGUCGUACAACCAGAAAAACAAUUGCCAUCCACAGUGCCUGUUGAGAAAAUACCUCAUGACCUUUGUUUAUUCCCUCACCUGGACACCGCAGGCCCUGUCAACGGGAAGUACUGCUGUCCGCAGCUCUUCAUCAACCACAGGUGUUUCUCGGGCCCUUACCUGAACAAAGGCCGAAUCGCCGAGCUACCUCAGUCGGUGGGACCGGGCAAGUGCGUGCUGGUGCUGAAGGAGGUUCUUAGCAUGAUCAUCAAUGCGGCUUACAAGCCUGGAAGGGUGUUGAGAGAAUUACAGCUGGUGGAAGAUCCACACUGGAAUUUUCAGGAGGAGACGCUGAAGGCAAAGUACAGAGGCAAAACGUACCGCGCCGUGGCCAAGAUCGUGCGGACGUCUGACCAGGUAGCAGAUUUCUGCCGGCGGGUUUGUGCCAAGCUGGAAUGCUGCCCAAAUCUGUUUAGUCCCGUGCUGGUUUCGGAGAACUGCCCGGAGAACUGCUCCAUUCACACCAAAACCAAGUACACCUAUUACUAUGGAAAGAGAAAGAAGAUUGUGAAGCCCCCGAUAGGGGAAGCCAGCACCGAGAGCGGACACCCGAAGCCCGCCAGACGCAGGAAACGGCGAAAAUCCAUGUUUGUGCAGAAGAAGCGGAGGUCUUCUGCCGUGGACUUGGCCGCAGGCUCAGGGGAGGAGAGCGAGGAAGAGGAUGGGGAUGCCGUGGAUGAGGACACUGGCAGCGAGGAGACCAGCUCCGAGCUCCGUGAUGACCAGACAGAUACCUCUUCAGCCGAGGUCCCCUCCACGCGGCCCCGGAGGGCUGUCACCCUGAGGAGCAGCUCGGAGCCCGAGCGCCGGCCACCCGUGGAAAGGCCUCGAAGGGCCCGGAGGGCGCAGGCUGCCUCCUGUACCGAGGGGGCAGAGCAGGGUGCGGCCACCGUCCAGGACCCGGCUGAGGACACAAAGCAGGAGGAGGAGGAGAGACUCAUUCUGGAGAGCAACCCGCUGGAGUGGACGGUGACCGACGUGGUCAGGUUCAUCAAGCUGACGGACUGCGCCCCACUGGCCAAGAUCUUUCAGGAACAGGACAUCGACGGGCAGGCGCUGCUCUUGCUGACGCUGCCCACGGUGCAGGAGUGCAUGGAGCUGAAGCUGGGGCCCGCCAUCAAGCUGUGCCAUCAGAUCGAGCGGGUUAAAGUGGCCUUCUACGCCCAGUACGCCAACUGACACCGCCCUCUCGGGAGGGGACCGGCGCUGCAGUGGUGCAGCAUCUUGGGAAAGUUCGGGGACCAGUGCUUUGUUUUUUGGGCGACGUAGCUGGUACACGCACUAAGUAGCGCCAAAAGGCAGCUUGGAGGACCUCCUGCCCCUCCAGCCUCUGCCGGCACCACGUUUUCAAGCACACCUGCCACCGCGGCGGGCGCCCCUGGAGUGUUGGGCACUGCGGGAAGAGGAAGAGCUGCUCCGCACGGCCACGUCUCGGCUUUCUCCCUCUGCAAGCCAGGCGGCUCCUGUGAAGGGCCCUCCUCAGCCACGGCCCACUUGGCUUUGAAAACGAAGGUACAGGUGAUGUCUUUCCUGCACGUGCCCAGAGAGGACACCAGCCGGUGGCUUUGCUCUGCUCGCUGGUGACGAUGCAUGCAUGGCCGUGGCCGCGCGGAUGCCGGUUUGAUCUCGGGGGCAGCUUCAUUCUCAGACACACUGGUUUCGGGACAUGGUUAUAAAAGGAUGGGCUAAACCCGCGUCACCUGUCCCAGCUGCCUCUCGGGAAAUAGGAGGCUUGAAGGAGGCGGUAUGUGGUUGGAAUGAGACCGUUCUUGCCAAGUGACGGAUGUCUAGAGCCUGUGGAGAGUUCCAUCUGCAGUCUUUUCUAGAACCUCACUUAUUUCUGACUUUCUCAUUUCAUUGUGACCAGAUCAGGGAGUGGGUCCUUCAGUUUGCUGGGAAAUGCUGAGCUGUGUAUCGAAGGAAAAGCUUAAUUUCAGAGAGGAGUGGGAAGAGGCUUCAGGAAAUUCUUAAUAAACCAGCUGUGUCCCCUUAGAAGGAUCCUGCAGUGAGUGUCUCAGUGAGACUGGCUCGGAUCCCAGCCCUGGGCCGUCCGGGAGGAGGCCCGUGUUCCUGACGGGAGCCCGGGCAGCAUCCUGGGUCAGCGACCUGCCUGCCUUGCAGGGGACUUUCUCCUCUCCACCCUAGCUGAUUGCCACCACCAAGUUUUAAACGUCUGGCAAGUGGGUCUGCCUGGGGACCUGUGCUGGAAGGACCGGCAUCCUGCCCUCUGGAGUUGGCAGCGUGGUGAGGACAGAAGCAUCCACGGGGACUCGCCAGUUAGCUUACAGUCAUUUCUGUCUCCCGCUGCCUCCUCCUGGGUUCCCACUCCUGCUUCUCAGCCACAUACUUCCGGCCUUCCACGCCCCGCCCUAUGGAGUCCAUGGGAAAGGGGAUCCAUUUCCAGAUCGUCGGCAUUUUCCCUGCGCUGACUCACUCACGAGCCUUCACUGUGACCUUUUCGAGCUGAGCCUAUUCCUGUGGCAUCUGAAACGGGAGUGAGGGGAUGAGGGGGCUGCAAGGUAACGUGUUUCCAGAAGGAGUGUCCCCUCCUUGUGUCCUUUCAGGGAACGGCAUGGGGGAGAGGUGCUGCGUGGGAGGUGGGAGGUCUUGCAGGCAUCUCUGGAACCCCCACCCCCCGGAGAGCUGGUAAGCCUCCCCCGGCAGCCUGGGCAAGAUGUAGCCACCGUUACUGGGGACACGUCCUGCUCCCCAAGGGGCUGUGUGCCCCACACCUCCUUGUCCUCAGUGUCUCUCUGAGCGGCAACCUGUCACUUCCCCCUCGUCCACUUGGUGGUGCAUGGUCAGGAAGACGAGGCCGGGGCCAGAGGUGGAAGACCUGGCUUCAGGGUGACCAUCAUGGAGGUCACAUAUGUGUCCCCUCCUGGCCCCCCCUCCUGGCCAGGAAACCUUUCAGGGCCAAGAAGAUGCUUCUGGUGUGAGUGUUCCCGACAUCCUCCUGAACUUGGAUUCUCUGGGGGGUUUCCACUGCUGGGUGCACUUCACCUCAUAGCAAGUGGGCCACCGAAUGGUAAUGAGGUGUUUGUUCUUCUGUAGGAUUCACCUGACACCAGCUUCUGGCCUAUCAAUAGGGCCAGUUUCCAAGGUACAUUUUGCCGUCUUGCUGUUGUGUCUCUUAAGGCAGGAAACGAUUUCCUCUCCCACCCCAGCACCACCAUAGCCCCAAGGCAAACCCCUCUCAGUUGAAACACCAGCAAGGGGUGCCUCUCCCCCCACUUCUCUGUCUCCAGACGCUCCAGCCUCUGCUCUGUGUCUGUGAGAAUACUUUGGGACCAAAGUCCUGUCCUCUGUGUGGCUGGGUCCCGCAUACACCGAGCUGCCCAUUACCUCCUGGAGCGGGCCGGGAAGCACAUCCUCCUCUCCUGGCCCAGCAGACGCUUCGAGUUCUGUGCAGCGUGGAUAACUCGAGAAGCAGAAAUGCAGCCUUGGUGAGAGCCCUCGAGCAAUCCCAUCCAGAAACUACGGGAGCUGGUUCAGCCCCCACCUUCCUGACUGCGUCUGUGCUGUGUUGGGAAAAUAUCCUGCCCACAUACACCCCCAAAAACCCAAAAAAACAAAACCUAAGAGAGUAGGGUAAGGCUGGCAUUGCGAACGAACUUCUUUGCUUUUCCAAAAAUAAGAAAAGAAAAGAAAAAAAACCAAAAAAGGGAAAUGGAAACCUGUUCCCUUCAAGUUGCAUUGACCAGAGAAUUAUCCCAUCGCUUUUAAAGUUAGGCUCCUUGAUGGAAGCGGGGCUCACUCCCCGUGUCUGGGCUCACCCCGGUUAGGUCGUGUAACCUGCUCCAUCUGUAUUGGAAGGGUAUUUCCUGUGUUUGCUUCGACUGGCUCCUCAGUACACUAGAGUGACUCAGACCUGUGACCCUCCCCCCACCCCGACCCUUGCUGUAAUCUCGGAAGGUCGGUUUGGGUCAGUCUUUGAAGCUUGGUCUCAGUGUCCUGACGUCUCAGAAUACCGAGUGUCAUAUCAGGCAAGUUCUGAGAUUUGCCUUUUAUCUCAGACCAAACACCUCUCUCAGAGCCGUUCUCCCUUCGUCUUGCAAGCACUAGGACUUUCAUAACUUCUUUCGUAGAACACCCAUUUAUGUUCACUUCUGUAUAUAGAACUGUAAAAACAGUAGCAUUGAAAUCAUCUUUGUGGUUUGAGUGCCCUGGUUGCUUUUGGUUAAGUUGGUGAAUCUAGGAUCCAAGUACUCUGUUCUGUCUUAGAAAGCUGUGAUCGCGUGUGCAAUUAUUUUUGAAGGGAAAGAUAGUAAAUUAAGGUGUCUGUAGCGUGUAAGGAAGCAGUCGCUGAAGAGAUGUGCGCGCCGCCCGUGUGUGUUGGUGCAAUGGCCAACAGCAAGGAGGAACGCUACCCGCAGCUCUGACAAUGUAAUGAUGGAAUGAUUCUCCUACCGUUUCCUGUUCUUUUCUGUUCAAGAGCUUUCUGGACAUUGCUUUCAUCCCUUUAACUCAGUUGAAUAUUUCAGUUGGUUCCCCUGGCUUUUAUCACUAGAGUUGGUUUAUAAGUACCCCAAAAUAUGAAUGUGAUGGAAGAAUUGUGGUAGUUUUGACCACGUGAAUUUACCUAAAAAUUGUAACUGCUGCUUCGGGUUUUGGUUUAAAGCAGCUCUAGCUCAGGUGAUAAGAGCUAACCCCAGCAGUUUCCUUGGCGCUGGACUUUCCAUCUUCCUUGUUGGCUUUAAAUGCUGGGGAUUCCGUACCAGAGAGCACGUUGGUCUUCUUAGGCAACCAAGCCAGAGCGGGGUCCGCGUGGGCCUGAUGGAUACCCCCAAAUAAAAGGUAACGUCUGGGAGCAGCGUGGGCUGAAAAUCAGCUGACCAUGGGAAAUUGGAGAUAAUUGUGCUUUUAAAUGAUAGAAGAAAGAAACGAUCUCAUUUGUUGUUCACAGUGGGAGCUAGCAUGAUAUACAGAGGCAUAAACUAUCCCAAGUCGUGAAUGUCAGAAGCCCCGUUACUGUUUUGCAUUCCAGUUUGAGUAGUUCGUAUUGAAAUCUGAUUCAUAUAUUGUGUAUGUUUCAGUGUGUAAAAGGAAAAAUUCGUGUUUUUACUUUUGGAAUUUGCAGGACAAAGGGCAUGUUGUUGGUUUGCUGGAAGAUUGUAUUCUGUAUAUAUGUUCUCAUGUAAAUAAAUGAAAAUCUAAAUCAGAGUUAUAUUUUAAUUUUUAUUCUAAAUGAAAAGAAACCCUUUUUACUUGAAAAAAUUGUAAGCCACAUUGUUAAUAAAGUAAAAAUA